AUGUCGUGGAACAGAAUCAUCCGGUUUAUCGGCGAGGACGGCCAGGAGCACUACGGCGAGCCCGUCGUCAGCUCCGGUGCGGAACUCAUCCCGCUGCUCGACCAGGGAAAGCUGGUUGCAAAAGAGCUGUCAGGCCCUAGCCCCUUUGAGGUCUCGCCGACGGGAAAGGAGCUCCAGGUCAAGAGCUUCCUCGGGCCGCUGAGACAGUCAGACGUGCCGAUCGUUCGGUGCAUCGGGCUAAACUACAUCAAGCAUAUUCAAGAAGGCGGUCGGACCCCGCCUCCGUACCCGUCCGUGUUCAUCAAGCCCUCCGAGACCAUCAACGACUGGGGCGCCGACGUCAGGAUACCCAAGGUCGUGACCGCGCACGGCGACCAGCUCGACUACGAGGGGGAGCUGUGCAUCGUGAUGGGGAAGGCGGGCAGGGACAUCGCCAAGGAGGAGGCGCUGGCACACAUUGCGGGGUACGCGGUGGGCAACGACGUGUCGGCGCGCAAGUGGCAGCGCGACCCCUCGCUGGCGGGCGGGGUGCCGCAGUGGUGCUUCUCCAAGGGCUUCGACGGCUGGUGCCCGCUGGGGCCCAUGCUCGUGUCGCCCGCCGUGGUGGGGGCGGCCGACGGGCUGUCGCUCCGGACGUGGGUCGACGGCGAGCUGCGCCAGGACUCGGACACGGGCGACCUGCUGUUCAAGGUGGCCGAGGUCGUGGCCUUUGCCAGCCAGGGCACCACCCUGCCGCGCGGCUGCGUCAUCAUGACCGGCACCCCGGCCGGCGUGGCCAUGGGCAUGGCGCAGCCCAAGUGGCUGCGCGACGGCAGCGUCGUUGAGGUCGAGAUUGCCGAGCUGGGGAGGUUGAGGAAUAAGAUGGUAUUUGAGAAGUAG